AUGCUACGUUUAUUGUGCAAAUAUCGAUUCCCAAUUGUAAACGACUUCAAAAUGGUAAGCCAUAUUUUUUUAAAAAGCUUUUAACAGAUUAAUAAACAAAGUUAUAAACCUUUUUAUGAUAAUCAUGUAAUUCACAUAAAGAACUCGAUAUAAUUUUAGAUGUCUGAUACGAAAGUCGUCUACACAGUCGAAUUACUAAAAGAAAAAAAGCUAUUGGAUACUUAGCAGAGAAUGAUAGUGCACAGGCUUGCGAGAAAUCUUUUUCAGGUAUUUAUUUUUUUAAAUUUUAUUUUUUUAAUGUAAUUUAAUGAAUUUAUAUAGCACCUCUUGCUUAGACUUUUUAAUCUUUAUUAAAAAAAUUUUUUUAGGGUUGUAAAGUUGCACUGAUGGGUUAUGUCAAGAAUCUGGAGUCGACAUCUGAUAUCCAGAUUGUGCCUGCUCAUCUCGAUGACCCUUGGAAUUACCGGAUCUUCUCGAAGCUUUGCCGUCUCAUAACGAAAAAAGUCAAUCCUGAUUUGGCUGAAAAGAUCAUGCUGGGCUGGAAAACUGCAGCCACCGGUAUUUGUACAGAUUGCCUCACGGUAAAUCGACCCCAGAUUUCUCAACGGGGCGCGCUUUCUUCCAUCCCAUUUGUUCCUUUUUCGUUUCUUCAUCGCAAAUAUGUUUCUGUUCUAGUUUUUUUUACUCUUUCUAUUGCUCGGCGUUUUAAAAAGGGUGGACGUGAAGAGAAAAAUUGGCAUGCGAUAAAAUGUGCCCUGAUGUAAAAGUUCUAACAGCGGACUACGGUAGGAGGAUGCAAGUUUGCAAUAUAUUGUUAUUCAUUUUCCCGUUGUCGUAUCGUACUUUCAUAGAGCUAAGAAAUUUUUGAGAUUUUUGGAUCUUUAACUCGUUCAGUGAAAUUAUUACGAAAUUCGAAUUCUAAGCAUAACAUUUUUUUUUUCAAGCGUUUUCGUUCUCAUCAGUUUCGAGGUCAUGAUGAACGUAUAUUCCUCCUUUGCAAAUACAGUCAUUCCCAGGUCUUGCAAAGGCACAUUCAAAAUGCACCUCGCUAGUACCAGUCCGCCGCUUUACCACUGCUCCUCGCUGCCGUUGCUUCGGCAGUCGCCAGAUCACAUACCACACCGCGCGCGCAUUAUCUUGUGUGCGACUGCGCUUCGAAAGGUCAUACCUUGACUCCGAAAGUUUUUUGAGAAAAAUUUGAUGGUUUUUUCACGUUCUUUAUUUCACAUGACACUGACUAUUUGAUGUUUUGAAACACAAAGCAUACUUGCAAAAAUCUAAAUUGAGGCAUAUUUUUCAAGAAUUAAAGAUUCACAAAUCUCAAAAAUUGAAUCUUACCAUUAGGUUAGCUCUAUGAAAGUACGAUACGACAAGGUGAAAAUGAAUAACAAAAGAAAGAGUAGAAAAAACUAGAACAAAAACAUAUUUGCAACGAAGAAACGAAAAAGAAAAAAGUGGGAUGGAAGAAAGCGCGCCCCGUUGAGAAGUCUGGGGUCGAUUUACCGUGAGGCAAUCUGUACAAAUACCGGUGGCUGAAAACUGCUUUCGAGUAAGAUAUAUAUUAUUACUGAUUUGUGAAAUUUUGUAAAUGUUUUUAGAUUUCAUGUCAAGGGCUGGACGCAAAACGAUUUAACCGUAGAAGAAGUGAAAUUUUCGAUGCAUUUCGUUUUGAGGUAAAAUAAAAGGUUUUUUAUUUGGAUUAUUAUUUUUAGAUUUAUGGAUAUCAUUGACAAAGAACUGAGCGUCGAUCAACAAAUGGCAAUGUACCUAAAAGAAAAUCUAUUCAAGUUGGAUCUCGUUGAAAUCGCAAGUGCAAUGAAUAAGGUUAUUAUCAAAACAAUAUAAUAGUUUUUUUAAUUAUAUAUUUAUAGGAAGCGAAAUCAGGAAAAGUAGGCUUACUUUUUGCAAAAUUCAAACAUGAGGAAGGAUUUGGUAAAUUUUAUUCUUUUUAUUCAUUUUAAUCAGCUAAAUUUUAGCGUAUGAAAUUGAAUGA